UAUAUAAUUAUUCAGCGUCACCUGCUUAAAAAGAAUGUCACUUGGCCAUAUGACCACAGCCUUGUCGUUUGCUCAUCUUGCUCAGUCAUACAUCGGCAAAAUUUACAGUUAAGAAGAACAACUACUGGUAUAUUAGCUGCUACAGAACCAGAAAAACGAUCGGAGAAAUCGCUAGAAAAGACUCAAAUUUUUUCUCGGGCAGGUCGAAAGAUCGGGUUUCUUCCCUUAACCUGUGUUUUUGGGCUAGAGAAAUAGUUCUUCGAGAAAAAUGAAGCGAGGUUACGAAGAUACUUCUUCCUCAUCUCCGCCUCCGGGAAAGCAAUUGAAAACUAGUGAAAACGAUAAUACACAGAAGCUUGCGCAGAAAGUUGCGGAACACUAUAGUAAACGCACUAACCAAACCCUAGAGGAGAGAGAAGCUAGUCCUAUCAUUCACUUGAAGAAGCUUAACAAUUGGAUCAAAAGUGUAUUGAUUCAGCUUUACACUCGACAAGGCGAUGUUGUUUUGGACCUUGUGUGUGGAAACGGAGGUGACUUGAUCAAAUGGGAUAAAGCAAAAGUUGGAUAUUAUGUCAGUGUUGAUAUUGCUGAUGGAUCGAUAGAAGAUUGCAGGACUCGAUACAAUUGCGAGACAGAUCCGUUAUACAGAAGAAAAAAAUUCUCAUUUCCAGCACGCCUGAUAUGUGCAGAUGCUUACGAGGUCCGUUUGGAUGAGGAAUUAAAGCAUGAUGCACCCUUUGAUAUAUGCAGCUGCCAGUUUGCCUUGCACUACUCUUGGUCAACAAAGGAACGUGCACGGCGAGCUUUGUUAAAUGUAUCUACAUUGCUUCGUCCAGGAGGCACUUUUGUUGGUGUUAUGCCGGAUGCAAAUGUGAUUGUUAGAAAGCUACGUAAAGCUGAUGGGCUUAAGUUUGGGAAUAGUGUUUAUUGGAUAUCUUUUGACGAGAAAUAUGCUCAGAAGCAGAAGUUCAAGUUAUCAAAUCCUUAUGGGAUUCAGUAUACGUUUCACCUUGAGGAUGCAGUUGAUUGCCCGGAAUGGCUUGUACCCUUUCAUAAAUUCAAAGAACUAGCAGAAGAGUAUGAGCUGGAGCUCGUUUUUAAGAAGAAUUCACAUGAAUUUGUGCACGAAUACUUAAAAAAACCAGAAUUUGCAGAAUUGAUGCAGAGAUUAGGUGCUCUUGGUGACGGAAGUGGUGAUGAAAAGACACUAUCAGAAGAUGAAUGGGAUGCAGCAUACCUGUAUUUGGUGUUUGUCUUAAGAAAGAGGGAUCCUAUGGCAGUUUUGUGCAUUUUGGAAAUCAGGAUCAAUAACUUGUGCAUUCAUGUUUAGUGGAUCAAUAAUAUGUGAAGUUGCUCCUGGUUUAUGUAAUGUGACUAGGGAUAUGAUAUUAUAAGGUAUACAGGUGGAUGGAGAUGUUGACAUAUGGCACACAUCCCUUAAGUUAGUCAUAUCGGGUCAUGCGAAUAAUUUAAGUAAUUAAUUAUAUUAGGAGUUGAGUAGGCCUUCAUUAGGAUUUACCCUUUUAUUGUAUUAUUCGGAGGUAUAUAUAAAGGAAGGUGAUUAUCAUUGUGAGAUGUGUGAAUUAUGAUAUUGUAUUUGAGACCUCUUGGAGAUAGCAUGGAGUGGCUUUUUCGUAAGGAGUAUUGUAUGGUGCUACCCUACCUUAAGGGUUUACUCUUGUAGAGUUGUAAAUUGUAACCCCUUACAAUUUCACACUGCUCUUUGGGCCCUUGCUUAAGUGUGCCUUCUCCUAUGUCA